GGAAAAAUAGAAUUCUCGCAGUAACGCGACAAGACAGAAAGUGGAUCUACUCUCGUAAAUGGAAACCGCGGGUCUCUAGUUUCAAAAUGACCGUAGAAACGCCGUCAAAUCACGGUCGACGAGCCCUAAUGGGCGCACCCAACAGCACCUCAGCGCGCUGAGAGAGUAAGGUAGGGCGAGAGGCGUUUGUCAACAGAACCAAGUCCAGAAAUAGCCUGCUGGACCACUCGACAAGGUCAGAUGACGACUCGCGGUUUUUGGUUUCCUCAACAGGCACGUCUGGAAGCUGUUGUGGCCGUCUUGUCGCCGUCAUCGCCUCUCCUACUCUGCCCCUUCUCCACCCCCUCUCCACCGAAUCUCCAGGGAAGCAUCAGAGAAUUCUCGUCACCCAGCCGAGCAGCACUCCGUAGAAUGAAUCCCUUGCCCAUCACCUGCCCGUCUCCCCCUAUCGGGGCCCGUCAAGAUCCGGGCCCCCGUCUGGUUCUCCCGUGGGUUCCCCAAUCCUGGGAUGGUAGCCGAUUGCCGUUGAGCUUUGUCCCCGUUCAUUCGCCCAGGCCCCAGGCUGCCCAGAGUAGGUAGAAUUCACGAUAAUUAAAUGUCUCGCUAAAUCGGCUUGUCCCAUGUCCCGCCCGUAGAUAUAAUCCCUUGGCCUCCCUCGUUUCCGGGUCGUAGCUG